AUGCUGACACAACAUUAAGCAACUUCGAUCCCACAGAUGGCGUUAUGAAAGGAUUGUUGAUCGGUCUUAUCUUUGCAAGUCAGCACUAUUGCUGCCAAGGAGCCUGCCUCCGAUGACGUCUUUAUCUCUGCAGCUGCAAGGCCAAACGCAACCCUGCAUUGUGCAUACAGUAUACGUGAUGGCUGGUGGAAACAACAUGUGUUUAAGUUGCCCUAAAGUGGGACACUGCCUUGUGUGGAGAAUGUAAGCUAAUGUGUUGGCAGAAUAUAAUAUGUUAUACUACAUACAUGUCCAAUAUGCAGAAAAUGUUAAUCAUUAGGGCAAUUCACCCUCCUUCAAAUCACCAAAUUAGAAACAAUUAUGUCAAUGGAUGCAGAAGAUAUGUAGUGGGAAUGUAGUCUCAAAGGGGCAUUUCAAACCUGGUAUAGAAAAUUGUCAGGCAUUGACAAAUUCCUACAGUAAUUAAAAUUUUUGGCUGCCAGUUAUAUUCUGUGUGAAGCCCUGUGCUCUAUUUUUUUGUACCUUUAGGCCUACAUGAGUACAUACUGAGUGUGGGAGUGUUUGGAUUCCUAAAGUGAAAAAGUCUGUGAAAAGUGAACAUGAGCAGGAACUGUUCGAGCCUGUGAUGUCAUUUUUAAACUUCUGAUAAACAGAUUGAAAAGGAUGACCUGUGUGACACCCUACCCAUCCCCAAAUCCUCAAUAAUAGACUAAUCUAAAGCCCUGUUGAUGGAUAUACAAAGCUGUGGUUUUCUUCAUUCUGUGGUUUCCCUUCUGUUGAGAGGCAGUUAUGAACAGGAAGGAAGCAGAGUCACAUUACAGACACACCAACAUGUUCAACAUUAGUGUUUGACUGACUGACUGGAACAGCGGCAUAUUUUUAAUAUGGAGAGCUGAAGCAGACCUAAUGAUGACCUCACGUCAUACUCAAUGGAAUGGGUGUGUGAGUUGGUGGAAGCAAGGAGAAUGGAAAUAUUUGGGGAGUGCAUCACAACCCACUUCUGCUUUCUGUGGCUGUUAAAUACGGCAGUGUGUCCUCCACUUCACAUUCUUCGUCAGGCCACAAAGCAAUAACAAUGCAGUCUCCAAGGACAUUCAUCAGCAGCCUGGCCAUCAUGGCUAUCAUUGCUUCAGUUUUCUGGCAAAGAGCAGAUGCGCAACCAGAAAAGUAUCAGUCCUGCUGCACGAGAGUGUCUAAUGAAGAGGUGAUGGACCCAAUCAUUGGAUUCAAAGCACAGAGGCCAGACAAAUCAUGUGUCGCUGCAGUGAUUGUUAAGACGGACAAAAAUGAACAGUUUUGCUGCUCUCCUCACGCUAAAUGGUUGAAACCCAAGAUUAUGGAGUUCAUGAGGAAGCUGGACAGGGAGACACAGACUAAGCCCUCACUACUGUCUCGUAUCACGACGUCCAGCCAAAGGGCUUAAAGAACCAAGAUGCAACUCACCAGAUGACCAAUCUGGUCUACAGUAUUUUUAAAAUGUUUUUUUUUUUUUCAGAUUUAUACAGAGCUGUUUUUAUUUUUUUGUUUUAAUUCAUAUAGAGCUUUAUUUUAUUUAAGCGAUUUAUAUGGUCAAACAUUUAAUAUUGAAUUAUGUAUUUAUCUAAUUUAUUUAACACAAAAAGUAUGGUGUUCAAGACUUGAAUUUAUUAAACUGACCCAUAUGCUGUGGCUAGAUGAGGUAAUAUUAUGAUAAUGAAAAAUGUUGUGUGUCAAUAUCGCACUUUUUUAAAGAAGAAUGUAACUCUUUCAUUUAUUUCACAUUUGAAAUGCACUGUGCACUUGAGAAAUAAUUACACUUUCAUCCAUGAGAGAUGGUGGCUUUUAGCUCAGUUAUUUUAUUUUCUACACGGUGUACAAUGUAUCAUUGACUGUAGAAUGUUUGUCCUUGACCACAAAAUAAAGAGAAAAAAACUGAA